GCUUGUUGGUAUGAAAGCCAAAUAAAGCUUAGGCCGGUUUAGGCCGCAGAAGUGCUUUUCUGUAACCGAUAGGAGGAUCUCUCCGUACAUCGUUUUAAAAUUCACGUUUUUAAAGUAGGUUUUUAAAGGUAAUAUUGAGCAGCUCGGGAAUUUUUAUUAUAUUUCGAAUGAUUCAGAGAGGAAAACGAUGUAUUUAUUUUCCUAAAUUUUUAGAAAAUCGCUUCUUAUUCAAAAUCCAGAUUUGCCUUCCCGCUUAUCAGGGCUUUUCUCCGCACAAUUUUUCCACCAACCGAAUUGCAGAAAGAUAUGAAUAUAAAGAAACAUUCAAGUAUUGAUUCCAUCAAAAUUCAUUUCAGAAAAUAUUUUUUCUUUUAAAAAAUGUAAUGAAGUCCCAAUUUUUAAAGGAAGUUCGUUUUCCUCGACGAGGACCAAACAAGGCCUAUGUUCUUGGAAAAAGAAGUAGGAUACGACUUAACACGUGACAUGGAAGGACGGGGGGUACAUAAAGGGAUAUCCUGCUAAAUUAAUAGUCAUUUCGGAAAUUUUCUAAUUCCUCAAUUCAAUUUCAGCAUUAUUGUUUUCUUCAUCCUUACGUCACCUUGUGAAUGGUCUUGGAAAACCAUUAAUGAGAUAUCGCCGGCUUUUGAAUAAUGACGUCGUGAGUAUGAAAAAUUUUGUUGGACUCUCCAUCAGCAAAUGUAUCCAUAGCAAUAGUAAACAUUUAGUCACGAUGCCCGCAGUUUUCUUCACGUGACAGGUUAAACCAUACAGUUAACCAAAAUGGUAAAGUAACAUUCAUUCUUGGCAUAUUUGCUCGUCUGAAACAAAGUUUAUUCCUUCAUGAUUUUGUUCAUGUCUCGAUCGAACCACAGCACUUUAAUCUUUUUAUGUCUAGAUUUUAAUCAUACGACUAAAUUGGAGUUGAUAAACCAAACCAUCGAACGGCCCACGUUAUCAAAAUCAUUUAAACGUUCCAGAUUUCUGCCAAAACAAAAAUGUUUCAAGGGAUUUUGAUACCCAGUCCAAAAAGCAAUAGGAUUUCCACCAAAGAUGUACGAGAUUUGUAAGGAAUGAUUUGCCUCUCGGUCUAAACAAUAUAAAAUCACAUUUAUAUCUAGGCGUAAAGAAUUCUUUAUUUCUGUUCUCCCCCCAUUAUAAUGUUUUGCUUCUAUAGCAACGUGUUCUGUCAAAAUAUUUAAAAACUAUAUCUUUAGCCAUUUCUUGUUAACAGUUGGUAGGCAGUUCUGCAGUGUAGAUAUCAAUGAGCUCAUGUAAUUGCAACAUUGAUCAAUGCAGGAUAAAGAAUUAAAUCGAAAGAAGGCGGUGAAGCACUGCUCCGUGCGAUUUGAAAAGCAUUCACAUUUCAUAACAAAACGAUUAAGUACUCACAACAGGAGAAAAUAACUCAAGAAAUAUGAAGCUUUGACAAUCACUCUUAUUUUUAAAAUCUAUUUCUCAAUUUCUGGAACGCAAUUUGUUUCGUUUGCCAAUUUGCGGAGAAUACUCAUUGUCGAUUAUUCAGGCAAUUUUUCGGUAUGAGAAUGAGUUAAAAGCAAGAGCAGCAGACCCAGAGUUUCGGCUUACAGUUUUCUUUAAGAUGACGUCUAUAACGAACAAACAGUUCUUAUCACAGAAACAUAAUAUACAAAUGCAGAACGAACGGUUGUACUUAUUGGUAUAGAUUUUCGCGAAUGAAGGACGAUUGUUUCUCCUCUCACUUGCGUUAAAAAUAGCCAAACUCGAGAGCAGGUCCUUGUGGCUUUUUCUGUGCCAACUCGCAACCUGUUAAUGCCUAGUGCUAAAAUUCUACGCCAAAAACGUAAACAACCUCUAGGUAACUGAGAAACCCAUUUACUUAACAGUGAUUUCAAACAGCUACCUCAAAUCUCAGAGCGUGUUGCUGAAUUCGACUAUGCAUAAUUAAUGACUGAAUUCAUUUUAAAGAAAACCGGAUCCUUAAAAUGUUAGGGUACGCUGUUGUUUCUGUUUUCCGCCGUGGGAAAGAGCGUCUCUAGCCAGUUGCCCUCUAUUGUUGAUCAAAAGCAUUUAUAUACCACCAAUAAAAAUAAGAUUAGGAAAGUACGCGUCAUUGCUCGUAAGAAUGUCAUUAAAAAGAAUUUGAACAAAGCUUCUAACUGAAGCAGGAAAUAUUUCAUUGUAAUUGGCUGUGGAAGAUUUGCAUAUGAAUACUUAUGACCCGUUGGAUUUGUAUUAAUAAGAUAGACAGAAGAUUCCUUUGACAGAAAAAGUACAACACGAAUCUGCGAUAGGACGAAGCAGAGGAUAACAAUACGACUUCUUCUAAAGGAUAAUAACACGAAAAUUGACGAGGCACAGUUCUGUAACUGAGCUACAUUAAAUUAAAAGAAAAGAUGGCGAAUGUUUGCGAUCAAAACACUACACAAUCAUCAACUAAUGAGCUCUUAAGUUUCGUAUCGAAUGCUUCAAGAGAGCUCAAGGACAUGCUUGGUAAAGUUGACACCGACGAAAGAAGAGAAGCAACUUCAGGAACCUGCUUUAGUUUACCAUUGCCAGCUACACCAAUGAGUAGCCCUGUGCCGAGUCCAACUCCAAGCUGUGUGUCUUCGGUUAGUGACCAGGAGGUCCCUUCUAUGUCUCCCCGCUUUUUUGCGAGCGGUUCCCAAAAAUGGUCGCCUCGCAAAAGGAGCCACGAUUCAUUGCGCGAUGUGCCUUUUUCCAACUUUUCUGCAAAAUUCAGGCGAACCGACAGCGUUGGGGAUUACGACGAGUACUAUCAAAGUUGUGCUUUGAAGACACCUCACAGACCAAGCGUAAUGCAAAGUUCGCCCCAUGAAAUCGACUAUGUAGUACAGCAACUUGUUUGCCAAAAAUCAUUACAAGCAAGACAGACAUUCGACCAGCUAAAUGGCGCUCAGCUAGAUUGCCACCAACAUCCGUCUUACAACAGAAUUUCCCAGCAAUCGGCCUGUGAAAGUUACACUGUCCGUUUUGGGAACCAGCCGAGUUAUACCGGACACGGUAUGUACUUCCCAUCGACGCACUCCUAUCACAUUCCACCAACGGAACCAGUUCCCGAUUUCGCUGACCUGGUAAGUUGGAUGCUGGCAGAGGACUUUCUAGAUGCAGAGUCAUUAUCUGCUCUACUCUCGCGUUGUUAGUUAAUGUAUAUUUUAAUUAGACGAGAUCUAGAUUUAGCUCGAAUUUAACCAAUCAUCGACAAGUGCUUCGACAAGUACGCUGUAACAUUACUAUCCACACCGUCACAAUAUUUCCAACUCAUACUCCGAAAUUAUACGUUUUAACCAUAUAAACGGAUAAUAAUUUACACGAUGAAACAUCUGAUGGUCUUUCGAGAAAUCUUUCAGUGCAAAAUCAAAUAUGAAAUGUAUAAGCAUAGACCUUGUUAGAACCAUGGGUUGUUCUUUGAGUUUUGAAAUAUUGUUGAGCGUUUGUGGUAUUUUAUGCAGACAAAUGUAUAUUUAUAUACGAAUUGAAUAUUUAAAGGAAGCUUACACAUCACCCUUGCACCGCGCCAUUAAUACUCAAGUAAGUUUAGACUAUUAGUACAACAGUGGGCGUUCCGUGUUUCGAUGUUGCCAAACCAAUAAAGAUGGAGAAAUUUGAAACUGAGUUUUAUUUGUUUGGUUAGAUUGCUUAGAAAUUGAGAGUUUCUGUUUUGUUAAACAGACUCUUGAAACUGGCCUUCUAAGGGUUAUGUGUUUGCUUAUACCGGGUUUAGAUGCAUGACGUUGCAAUCCAUAGAAAUUUAUUUUAUACUGACGCAGGACGUCCGAAGUAUUGCGUCUCCAUGGAAUGGAGUGCAUGUAAAUAAUGCUUAAAUGACUGACAUAUUGUCUCUUAGAGCUCAAGUAUGACUCUUGAUUGUCGAACCUAACAAAGUUGUAAAAUGAGGCCUUUUCAAAGCAAGGUCUUCAUUUGUAGCAUACUCAAAUGUGACAAGGGGAUGUCACAUAGAUGGGAAAUGUAUCAAUUUGGCUUUUUGGAAAAGAUGACUAAAAAAGACCGUAGAUAAUAGCCGGAUAUUUUGCCAAUUUGCCAUUACCUUUUAAACUAUUAACACAAAACUGUUUUGCGCAUCUUUAACUUUUAAAGCCUGAUCUCAAAACACCCUAUUUUGACAAUAAUAAAAUUACCUGAUCUUACACAGGCAAUGGUAAUUCAUCAGAGGAGCAGCCCCUGUUUGAUUUUGUUCCGAUCACUUUGGCAACAGACUCAAUUGAAUUAAUUGCGCAGAUUUGAAGUUUUAAGAAUCUGAAAGCUUUUGACACAAGGUUCAAGGUGAAUCUAAAUGCUUUUUAUAAGGUUGACUUUGAGUUGCAAAGUCAAGUGACCUUGUGAAAUUAGACUCUGGUUUACCAGUGUUGUGGUUUAACCUAUAUUGCGGUAUAAAUACGAGUAGAACGUAGGCAGGUGCUGCGUUUAGACUAUCGCAACUUUCAUAAGCUUGAAUGCAAUUUAAUUAUGCUCUGUCUACUUAAAUAUUCAUGAAUUGUGUUCAGUUAGGGGAAAGUUGCAAACCUGCACUCAUUGAAAUCUGAUAGCAAAGAUUUUAAGAGUUGGAAGCGUUUUAUUUUGUCAGAUACCAUCAUUUGAUAGCAUAGAGAUGGCAGUUCUUCCCACUGCCAACGCAAUGGCAUUCCGCUGAAAGAGACAACAACAUCAAGCAUUAUCUGUGUAUUUGAUGCCAAAUAAUCCUUUUCAAAAGUGUACUUACAUUCUUUUCUCUCCUUAUGAUAAUGAACACACACGUUGUUUUUACCAAGACUGCCUAUCUAGGUUUUUGUAAAUACAAAAACCUAGAUUCAACAAGAUCAAAAGCUUGAAAUCAGUUGGUGAGGUUUGCAAGAACUCGCAGAUCAAUGUUUUGUUUUUACUCUCAUUUUGUCUGUUACACACAUAGAAUUGAAAAGCGUGUCGACAUCAAUUUUUUUUUUGUUUAAAUUGGUAUUCAGAGGAUCUUCUUAUUCUUUAUAUACUUGAAAUUUUUUUACUUUGCAACAAAAAAGUCUCAGUGUUUUAUUUUGCUAUUACGAAGAAUGUUUUACUUUUUACGUACUGCACUAGACAGAUUCCCUUUAUCAUCUUUUCAGCUGCCGCAAAUUGGGGGGGGGGGGGGAUUAGAGCUUUGUGGGUCACCUUUCUAAUUGAAAAUAGACCCUUCUGGUAAGUGACCAGGCUAGAAAAUUCCUAAUCAGUGCUGAAAACAAUUGAUGCAAAGAGAUUACCAGUAAGAUUACAAGUGAUGGUGUUUUUGGCAUCCAUCAAAGCUAAAGGCCUGAUUUUGAGACCCAAAUAUGCUUAUUGUGGUUAGAAAAUGAACGGCUAGACUUGCUCUUUUUUACUCUUUUUUUACUGAACCCAUGAUCUUUCAGAAUUUUGGGCUAGCAGGCUUUUUGAAACCCAUUGCAACGAUUCACUGAGCUUCAAUAUAGAACCGUGUAAGGAGCAUAAUUUCAGCAUACAACUUCAUCGCUUUUCAUCACCAAAAACUAUAAAAACUGUCUACAACUUGAAGUGAUAUGAAAUUAACGAGUUGAAAACGUGUUUUUAGACCUUAAAGUCGUAUUCUCUGUUUUUAUAAAACUUCCUUCAUGUGUAUGUAAAUUCUGAUGCCCAGAUGAAAUUUAAAAUGGCUUACCUUGUUUUCUUCAUUUUCGUCGCAAUAUCUGAUGGGAAAGACAGGCCUAUAUGACAGUGCUUCAUGUCUUAACGGAUUUUUGAUAAACACAACUUAUAAAACUUUUCUAAUUAGGCAUACUGGUUGGCUGAUGCUUGACAUUUUGCAUUGAUUCUGUUAAAGUAAGAUCAGGCUAAUAUUUUCUCCAAAACACGUAUUAUGGUUCUACCCACGUCCAAGCAUUUCAAUUUUCUUCCUUUUCAUUCCCGCACUUUCAAGAAAAGCUGAAUGUGACUUUAAAAUGCUUUGAAAGUGUUUGGUAAACACGUUCCUUAGCCGCCAGCAAUCCCAACAAAAACUGAAAGCAUACUUAAGUCCCAGUUCAGCACAUAUAUUUCUAUUUUUUGCUUGAAGAUAAUAGGAGGUAGGCGUUUAGAGAAAGUAGCGUUUGUUCUUUUUCAAGGGUUAUGAGAUUUUCACUUGUCGCAAUAUAUUCGCCUUUUCAUCGAGGUGCUGCCUUUGGGCGGGCUUUUAAACUGUCGUCUAACAAAAGAAUUUAUGUACUUGGCCCAUUCCAAAAAGCUGAUGAAGAAUUUUAUAGAUGACCAAGUUUUUUCAAAAAAUUUUAAACGAGGAUUUAGAGGUUUGAGAGUCAUGCAUUCUGGUUUAAAGGUCUUUAUAGUAUAAUUUUUGUAUUGUAUAAUUUUUAAAAAGUCAUUGCUGUGUUUAAAUUCGUCUAUGACGUCAUUCAUACGAAUCGUGCUGAGCCCCGAUUAAUGAAAAGCUUUAAGAGGUUCCGAAAAGAUAUUUUUCAAGAAAUUAUAGUUAAUGUCUUGUGAACAUGUACAUUUUAAAUCAUGUAAUUUGUAAUCCCAUGAAAGACGUUCGAUCCUAUGAUCUUCAAAAAAGCCCGCGUAUCUAUCAACACAAGAGCAAUAACCAAAUGAGAGGACAAAUGAGCUUCCUUAAUUGGUAUCAAGAGGUCAUUAAUUAGUAGCUUUAUUGCCGCUGGCAGGAAGGAAAAAUUAGAAAAAAUUGCGCCAUGAGAAAUUAGAGGAGUAGGAUUAUUUUGUUGCUGUAUGCAUUUAAGAUCAAAUUAGUGCGAGAAAAACCAUUGUGACAAAAUUAUUAGUGAAAAUUGCAACUGAGGUAUCUUUCUUCAAGUUAAUAGAGUUUCAACCAAUUUGGAAUUUGUAAGCAACUAGCUAUUACAACCUAUGCUCUACAUAAAUACAAUAAUAAAUAAGAGUUUUUGUUUUAAGUACCCUCAGCUUUGAAAUAAAAAUUAUUGAAGGUUAAUUGUAGAAGACCUUUGUGCAGCUUUGUGUCACUUUAAAAAAUUAUUCAACAUAAACAUUUUAUCACUUUUUUUACCAUCCUGAUCAAAGAAGGUAGCCAGAAGAAAGCUUUGUAUAGUUCAACCAAAAUUUUUUAUAUUUAAAAAUCAACAGUCCUAGUUUGAUCGCUUUAGUAGGGGCGAAAGUAAUGUUCAUACGCUUUUUUCGAAAUAUAUAAUGGCACUAAAGAGAUCGCAAAGAAAAAUUCAUUCGUGCAGGGGCGUUGUGGCGAAUGAAUUCUAGAGGGGGCCAGAAAGAUAGACUUUCCGACAAAAUUUCUUUGAUUUAUUUCAAUCAAAUAGAAGCAUUUCGCGUAAAUGUAAGACGGGGGUGGAUUAGAAAAACUCAUAACUUUUGCCUUAGGUGGAAAGAUAUUAAAAAUGCACUUUUAUCUUGUCUCUGUGCUUCAAACUUUUUAUAACCUAAUGCUUCAAAUUCUGCAGAAAUUGUAUCGACUUCUUCCUUCUUUUACCUUACGCAACGUAACUGCAAAAAUCUUCAAAUCGGGUUAAAACACAAUUUUAAAAAAUCUGGUGAUAGGCACAAAAUUGGCACUGUCCCAGUCUUCAAUAUCAAACAAAGAUAUAACUGAUGACCAAUAUUGACCAAUUUCCAUUUUCAAAUUUGGCCCUUGAAGCUUUGAAUUUUCUCUGACAAAAUCCGAGCAGUAACUCCUCACUUUAUGGUUGGAAUCGGUAAAUUCUGAAAAAUCAUUUUGAUUUGCUGAACUAUAGUAUUUUCCUUACAAAAGUGAAUUGCCCCUCGAAAUUACGGUAAGUUUUUUAGUCCAAGUAAUUACCCACUGCUUAAGUUUAAGAAUUUGCAGACAAAACAAUGGUCCCAAAAUCCGUCAAAUUUUGAAAGCAGAGGGGCCACGGCCCCCACUGUUCCCCGGCCCCGACCCUCGUGCAUUCGUGGCGUUUUAACUAACGUAGGGAAAAGCUGGUCAGAACAACAGAGGGCUACCAUUAAAACACUGUUUAUAAGGGAAACUACGGUGGAUUCCCGAUAAAAUGAACCCCGGAUAUAACGAACUUCCCGGUAUAACGAACUAAAUGUCUGGUCUCUUUGAUUCUGCCUAACAAACUCCUUACAAAUUCUCUCGGUAUAACCAUAAUCAAUGUGGUUUUUCUAUUGACUAUGGUAUAACGAACCCCGGAUAUAACGAACUCUCGUUAUUACGAACCAAUUUCUAGGUCCCUUCAUCAUAAUUACCCUCGAUAUAACGAACUUAUAAAUUUUUCAUCUGUUAUUUUUGUUUAUUUAUUUUCGAUGUUUAUUUACCACUUAAUUUGGUGGGAAAUCAUUUUUAAAAUCAUCAAAACAUGCCGAUGAUACAUUUCAAGCACUGGCUGAUAGACUCGAAGCACGAGAUGAAAGUUUGAUUGCGUCAGAAACCACUGCGAAUGAGUACAUUGACACUAACGAAUACCUUCUUACAUAUGAGACAUUUGCAAUGAGCGACGACUAACAUUUUUUGAGAGACCCAGAUGGAAAAGCAGAAGAAGACAAACAAGAAUGUGAAGUAAUCGAAGACGUCAUUCAGCAGGCAACUAGGAGUGAGGUGAUACCAGCUUUGCCAAUCUUUUGGUCCCAAAUAAUAAGAGGAAAAAAAAGAUUUCCAUCUUAAAUGACUAACCAUUACAGUAUUCUCCCCAAUUAAAACACUUUAAAAGGCGGACUCCUCUGAUUAGCGAGCUCACACUGCCACGAUGUUUAUGAAUGCACGGCAAGUAGAGGAUCAGAAGCAAUUUAUCCACAGUUGCUUUGAAAUUUUUGAUUCAAUCAAAAACAAUUGAAUUUUAAUCAAUCAAAUUAUAUUUGUAUGAGUCAAGCGGCGUGACGGGGCAGUGUGGGGACCUUAACAUGUGAAGAGAAAUUCUGUUGCCUUAGAUCUUUUCUAUGAUCCUUAUCUAAGUUUUUCCCGGAUUUCCAUGCAGCAUGAUGCGUCUUUAAAAGUGCAUUUGAAAACCUGUCUAGAAAGAUUAAGAUUAACAUUUUAAGUUUGUCUCAUUGAGGAUAUCAAUUAAAUUUUAAAUAUCUAUGAUAUUUACGUAAAUUGAAUGAAAAAUUUUAUAACGAUCUAGAUGUGCAUAAGAGGGAAACCUGAUUGGUUUGUAUUUCUUCACAUCAUUGUUAUAUGGUUGAUCACAAAUCACAUCCAGUCUUUCGCCCAUUUCCAUGAUGCUUUGAAUGCUAUAAAGAAACAUGCUUUCAUGAAAAACCCUGCUUUUCGAGAAACCUCUUGGGGUCCUCUACGUGGCCCAAAAGCUUGGGGGCCUUUAGAUUUGUGCUUAAUGUGCACAAGCACACCGAGCGCUACGCCACUGUAUGAGACUCUACAUUUGUUGAAGGGUAGGAAGAAUUUUGUAAAAUAGAUGCUUAAGUUGCAGCAUAGUUUAUACAUAGCAUAGUUGCAGCCCCACCUGAUACAGCCGCAUCACAUUGGAGCCUCAAUGUCAGACGAAAGGAUGGAAAACCUUGUUCAAAUUAGCAUCGAUCGAGACAUGGCAGAUUCAACCAUUGCUAGCUACAAAAAACCACACUAAAAUUAGGUUUUAUUUCUGCCUAUGAAAAACCUUUGCCUAUAAAAUUUACAUAAAAAUACAUCAAACUUGGUUAUCAAUAACGAGCGCGAUUUCUUGUAUGGUGCUGCACCGGUUUCUCACCCGGGCCCCUUUAUCAGCUCCACCCUUUCAUUGUCUACCCCAAUAUUUUGGGGCUUGCACCGCCCCUGACUGAAGAGAAAUUGAACAGGGACUAGUUACGUAACAAAUUAAAAAAUUCACAUCCAGUUAAGCCAGUGGCGGUUUUAAGGGUGGUCCAGGGGGGGGCAUGGCCCGAGGCCCCACGCUUAUGAUAGCCAAAAGGGGCUCCACACCAAAGAAAAAAGACAGGAAUUGUAAAGCAAAAGGGCACCGCAGUCUCUGAAACCGCCACUGAGUCAACCCUCUCUUUUCGGUUAUAAUUUUCCUCGCAGUUACAUUCUCUCAUAGUUUCAGUUCGUAUAUUUUGAGGAAAUUUGUUGUUUCUAAAAGCGAAUUGCUGUUUUUCUUCCUCAGCUAAAAAAUUACUUCUUGUGUAAACUUUUCGCGCCAAAAAUGAAUACGAGGCGAUUUCAAAAUGAUUUGUCGAUUGGAUUGUUGAUGGAUGGUUUGUGUAUGUCUGGAUGUUAUGUUAGUGGUGAGAGUAUAAGUUUUUGAAGUUAAUUGAAGAUUUAGCUCAUGGAGAACAAAGGAGCUGAUGAUGUGUCUUGUGAGGUUUCUCCAGUUCGGCGUAUGCCCUCCCCUACACUUCCAUUAAUGGAAAGAAUAAACGCAAUCCUUGGAAAAAGAUCAGAGGCCGUUUCUACAAAUGACCAAAGUAGAGGAUUUGAAACAGAAACAGACAGUGAUGGAAGUUCUGAUAUGGAUCAACAUGAAAGCUUACCAAAGUUCAUUGAGGAACACAAGAAAUAUAACUAUAUUACAGAAAAGUUUUCCAAGAAAAGUGAGAGUGUAGACUGUGUUUUGGAGAGUGUGCUGCCUGACAGUAUUCAGCAUACAAGUAAAACAGAAAGAAUUGCUAUUUCUCUGUUGCCUGAUGAUAUAAGUGGAGAUGACCCUAAUAUCAAUGAUAUUGAAUUUCCCCUUCCUUCUACAAGAACUCAACUGUACAGUAAAAUAUGCAACAAUUUUAAAAAACAAAAUAUUAAAGAAAUGAAUUUUUGUGAGGUAACUAAACCUUCCCUGACUGUUGAAGAAGACCUUGAGAAACCAAUCAAUGCAAAUGUAUCCGCAGAAAACAGAAUUGCUAAGGAUGCUGGAAAGGAGCUAAAAAGGAAAACAAAGGAAUCUGCUAAAAUAGCUAAAGAGACAGCAAAAGAAGAAGAGAAGAGAAGGAGACUUGAGGAAAAGGAAGAAAAGAAGAGAAAACAAGAGCAGGAUAAAAACGCCAAAAGGGCUGAGUCUAUGACUGCAAAGGCAAACUCCAUUGACCAAUGUUUAAAGCAUAUUACAACCGUUCUUGAUUCGACGGUUUUAAGCGAUGGUGGCAGUGCUAUUCUCCAAGCUCUAGAGACUGCUGGCGUCCAGUUCGAAGUUAAAAGAAUGCCAGUAGACUCUUCAAUUGGCUGGAUGCGUAAUCAAGUCGAAUACACAGCUGAAGAAAACGGACAGAUCAAAAGAAAAGACAGUUAUGAAGAAGAAGAUCAAGUUUUAAUGAAAAUAAAAGCUGAGAGCCUUGCAGAAAUGAUUGAUGUAGAGAAAAAGAGUGGAAAUGAACGCUCAGGAAAUGGCAUUCUAUCUUGUGUUUCGAACGCUGAAAUACUUCUUCCUGGCAAGAAAAUAACAAUCAUUUUCACUGGCCUGGAAACGUAUUUGAAGAUAGUGAAAGCAAAAUCUACUUUGAAAAGAAAACAGCCCUCAAUGCCAUGUAUAACUAAAACAGAUCUGGAAGAUACUUUGCUGCAAUUGCAGUUACAGUACAACUGUUGUGUCCAUUUUUGUGAACAAGCUGAAGAUUUUGCACAAUUCGUUUGCGCCUUCACAAAGUCGAUCGCCGAGAGACCCCAUAAGAAAACAAGCGGAGUAGCUUUUGAUGUUUAUAUGAACAGCCACGAAAAGGGUUUGCCCCGGGUCACGAAAGACGGACUGGGCCUCCUUGAUGUUUGGGUAAGACAGCUACAGCAGUUUAAAGGUGUUGGCUAUGAAACGGCCGCUGCCAUUGCUCAAAAAUAUCCAUCGCCAUUACUUCUUUUUAAGGAGUACCAAAGAGCCUCUUCUGAGUUGGGAGCAAGCUUGCUUUUACAGGAUAUUGAGGUCAGAAGAGGUCAUGGUGUUCUGGCCACAUCUCGAAGAGUUGGACCAGAGCUAUCAAAAAAGAUUUACACCUUAUUAAUGUCUAUUUGUGGUACUGCUGAACUUGCAAAGUCAUAAUGCUCACAGUCCCAUGACCAAAAUAGUUUUAAAAAAUAAUGUAUCAAAUAGUUUUAUCAUAUAAUUAUUCCUUUUAAGCAACAUUCAGGCAAAUGAACACCCAAUAAAUGAUAAGACAUUAAUUUUAUUCACUGUUAGAUAAAACACAUUUUGCUAUCCUUAGAAAGUUUUGCAAAGGAAUUUUAAAUAUAUCCUCUCCUAGAUU